AUGAGCCUCAAGGUUGCCCUUGUCGGAGCUAGUGGCAACAUUGGCCCAGCAGUCCUCAAAGAGCUGCUCACCGCUGGGUUUGAAGUGACCGUCCUGACCCGACAGGACAGCAAUAGGACCUUUGAUUCUCGUGCCCAAGUCGCAAAGGUAGACUACGAGUCCUUCGACUCGCUGAAGACCGCUAUGUCCGGCCACGACGCUGUAGUCAACACUCUUAAUGUCGGCGCAGUUCCAAAAGCUAUCCAUCUGCGCUUGAUUGAUGCCGCCAUUGCAACUGGCGUGAAGCGGUUCAUCCCCUCCGAAUUCGGCUGCGACACCACGCACCCCAAGACCUCCAAACUACCCAUCUACGGGGACAAGGUCAGCAUCCAGGAAUAUCUCAAGAACGUGUCCCAGGACUCUGGCCUCAGCUACUCGCUGCUCAUCACCGGACCCUUCCUCGACUGGGGCAUUGAGAAGAACUUUAUCCUUAACCUGUCUGGUCCUGUUGUUCCGCUUUAUGAUGGUGGCGAUAACCGCUUCAGUACGACUACGCUCAGCGGCGUGGGUAAGGGCGUUGUUGGGAUUCUUAAGAACCUUGAUGCUACCAAGAACUCGACGAUCUAUGUCAAUGAGGCUAGAGUGACGCAGAAGGAGCUGCUGGAGCUCUCUGGUAAAAGCAUGGAGACCAAGGUUGUUCGGACAACUGACCUGGAGCAGGAGGCCUUUGCGGAACUGGCUAAGCCGUCUCCUAACCCGGCGAACUUUGCUGUGAAGUUCAUUCUGCGGGCCAUUUUCGGUGAGGGCUUUGGCUCGCUUUUUGAUGCUGGGAAGGUCUACAACGAUUUGUUUGGCCUGAAGACUUUGUCUAAGGAGGAGAUUCGUGGGCUAUUUGCCAAAUGA